GACAGCUCCUUUCCUGUCCCGCCCCCUUCCCUGGGAGAAAAAAAAGGGGGGGUGUCUUUGUUUGCAGCAGGCCUGCUGGAAGGAGCUGGUGGAAAGAGGAGGAAGCUGUUUUGGGGGCCCAGGAGAGGGUGACCUCGGAGCGCGGCUGGGAAAUGGAGGAGCAAGCCUUGGCUAAGCUGAAAGCAGGAAGAUGCCAGAAUGUUAUCCAGACUGGGAGCAGCGGGGGAUUCUGGGAAAGAACCACACCAGAGAUCCUGGGCGAGGAGGAUGCCCUUGGCUUGGACGCUCAACGUCUACGUUUCAGGCGCUUCUGCUACCAGAAGGCCGAGGGGCCCCGAGAGGUUUGCAGCCGACUCCACCAUCUUUGCCAUGAGUGGCUGAAGCCAGAGAGACACACCAAGGCUCAGAUCCUGGACCUGGUGAUCCUGGAGCAGUUCCUGACCGUCCUUCCCUCAGAGAUGGAGAACUGGGUCAGGGAAUGUGGAGCGGAGACCAGUUCCCAGGCAGUGGCCCUGGCUGAAGGUUUCCUCCUGAGCCGGGCAGAGGUCAAGAAGCAGACAGAGCUGCAGGGUCUGUUUUCAGAAGUGGCUCCUGAUUUCCCUGACGCAGCGAAGGCUCCGAUGGGUCCCAGAGAAAGAGAAACUGUCCAGGAGGGUCUUGGAGAUGCCACCUCACUGGGUGAAGGAACGAUCUUGACAAGGCCUGCUCAGCCGUCUCUCCUUUAUUCCAGAGGGGAAGCAGUUGCUGCGACAACAAAUCAGGGUGCAGGAUCCACCUUUGAGGAGGUUGCUGUGUACUUCACGGGGGAGGAAUGGGCUGGGCUUGCUCCUCACCAGAAAGCGCUGCAUACAGAAGUCAUGCAGGAGAACAGCCAUCUUGUCGCUUCUCUUGCAGAAGACAUAUGUGAAACCAUGGCAAAAACAGAACUACCUGGGUUGCCACCGGAACGAGGUACAUGUGAAGACUUGGAACAGGAGAGAAGGAAAAGAAAAACAAGUCAGAAUGGCUGGAGUAAACCCUCUGCUUCUGAAGGCCGCAACUACCCCGAGAUUGCAACAGAUGAAACAACAGAUGAAAUAAGAGAAAUGAGCAGAUGUUGUGUGUAUUGGGAAUGUUUCGGUUCAGCUCCUCGCGUAGGUCAAAAAACAAACCAGUGCUUGGAAGGCGGAAAGUGUGUCAGUGAGACGAUAACCGCAAUUAAUCAGAUGAUUCACAAAGAGGCGAAACCAUUCCGGUGCGUGGAAUGCGGAAAGCGCUUCAGUCUGAGUUCCACCCUUGCUUCUCAUCAGAUAAUUCACAGAGCGGAGAAGCCGUACAGGUGCUUGCAGUGCGGAAAGGGCUUCAGCCAGAAGAUUCAUCUCACUUCCCAUCAAAGAACUCAUACAGGGGAGAAACCGUACCAGUGCCCGGAAUGCAGGAAGAGCUUCAGCGAGAAGGCGAACCUCGCUUCCCAUCACCGGACGCACACAGGGGAGAAACCGUAUCAGUGCCCCCAAUGUGGGAAGUGCUUCAGGCUGAGCUCUACCUUGAGUUCCCAUCAAAGAAUUCACAGGGUGGAGAAGCCUCAUAAGUGCUUGGAAUGCGGGAAGGGUUUCAGCCAGAAGAUUCACCUCACAUCCCACCAGAGAAUUCACACAGGGGAGAAGCCCUACCAGUGCAUGGAGUGUGGGAAAAGCUUCAUUAGAUACUCCAGCCUGACUUCACACCAAAACAUCCACAAAGGGGAGAAGCCAUUUCGGUGCCCCGAAUGCGGGAAGAGCUUCAGUCAGAGUUCCACCCUUAGUUCUCAUCAGAGAAUCCACAGAGUGGAUAAGCCGUACAAAUGCUUGGAAUGUGGGAAGGGCUUCACUCAGAUGAUACACCUCACUUCCCACCAGAGGAUUCACACCGGGGAGAAACCGUAUCAAUGUUCAGAGUGCGGGAAGAGCUUCAUUCGAGGUUCGAACCUUAUUUCGCAUCAGAAAAUCCACACCGGGGAGAAACCCUAUCAGUGUUUGGAAUGCGGGAAGAGCUUCAGUCACAAGAUCAACCUCACUUCCCAUCAAAGGAUUCAUACGGGGGAAAGGCCGUAUCAGUGCUCAGAAUGUGGGAAGAGCUUCAGUCAGAAGAGCAACCUUACCUCUCAUCAGAGAAUUCACACACAGGAGAAACCGUACCAAUGCAUGGAAUGCGGAAAAAGCUUCAGCAGUAAGAUCAAUCUCGCCUAUCAUCAAAGAAUUCACAGCAGUACUUGGAAUAUGCAGUGCCCUGUGUCCUUUGAGGAUGUGGCUGUGUUCUUUGCAGAAGAGGAGUGGUCUUUGCUGGAUCCUGACCAGAGAGCUCUGCAUAGCGAAGUCAUGGAAGACAAUUGCCUGAUGGUCACCUCUCUAGCUCACGGAAAGCACUUCCGCCGCCAUUUGGACCACACGACCCACCAAACCAUCCAUACGUCGGAGACGCCGUAUCAGUGCUUUGUGUGCGGCAGGAAGUUCAUCCAAAAGGGAAGUCUCACUGAACAUCAGAGAAUCCACACAGGGGAGAAGCCGUAUCAGUGCUCGGAGUGCGGAAAGAGCUUUGGCCAGAAGUCGCAGCUCACUUUUCACCAGAGAACUCAUUCGGGGAAGAAACCUUAUCAAUGCCCGAAAUAUUUAAGAUCCGCGUUUGGGCCAAAGGAUAAGCCCCCGCCCCCCCCCCGUGUGCUUUCUUUGCUCCUACUGGGAGGCAGGCAGCAUCGCGUGGGCGUCUCAGGGUUAAGGGAAACAAGCGGAGCCAGAUUCCUAGAGCGGAAGGCAGCUUCUUCCGGGUGUAGGGAGAGGAAAGGGCGGCGCUGGCGGGGGUGCAAGGGCGCCUCCUGGCGGUGCUCCUUCCUGCCUUCCUGCUCCUUCCCCUCCCGUAGGGGGAAAAUGGCUUUUGUCUUCCCCGAGGGCUGCCUGGGCGCCUCCCUGCCGGGCUUGGCUCUGGACGUGGUGGAACCUCCAAUUCUGUCUGUCUUUGCCUGGAGACAGGCGUUGGCAGAAGAAGGCAGAUUUCACCACUCAGCCUUCGUAGAGGCUUCCUUGGAGCACAGAUCAACGAUGGGAGAAGAAGACUCAGCUGCUCGCAAAGCAGGAAGAGGCCCCCUUAUCAGUGGGGAAUUCUGGGAAAGAACACUGCCGAAAAACAUGGAUGGGGAGGACACCCUCAGCUCGGACGUACAACGGCGGCGCUUCAGGGAGUUCCGCUACCAGGAGGCCGAGGGACCCCGAGAGGUUUGCAGCCGACUCCACGAUUACUGCUGUCGUUGGCUAAAGCCAGGGCAGUACACCAAGACUCAGAUCCUGGACUUGGUGAUCCUGGAGCAGUUCCUGGCUGUCCUCCCCCCGGAGAUGGAGAACUGGGUCAGGGAAUGUGGAGUGGAGACCAGUUCCCAGGCAGUGGCCCUGGCUGAAGGUUUCCUUCUGAGUCAAGCGGAGGAGAAGAAACAGUUAGAGCAACAGGUCAAAGUUCUUCUUGGACAAGCAGUUCCUGAUUUCUUUGAGGCGGAGAGGAUUCUGUUGGGCACCGGACAGAGGUCACUGGGUGAUGGAGCGAUACCAGAAAUGCUUACUCGGACAACUCUUCUGUGUGCUGGAGGAGAAGCAGCAGACACAGGAGCUCGGCCGGGUCCAGUGUCAUUUGAGGAGGUUGCUGUGUUUUUCACGGAGGAGGAGUUGCCUCUUCUGGAUCCUGACCAGAAAGCUCUGCACAGGGAAGUUAUGGAGGAGAAUUAUGGGAUGGUGGCCUCAUUUGCAGGUGGCGAAUGGGAAACGCAAAAUAAUCGUGACCGACUCCCAAAGGUGUCAUCGGAAAGAGACAGAUGCAAAAAGAGCAAAACGCACACCGGACAGCUGCCGUAUAAAUGCUUGGAGUGCGGAAAGAGCUUCAGAUUGAGUGCAAGUCUCACAAACCAUCAGAGAAGCCACAAUGGGGAGAAACCAUAUAAAUGUUUGGAAUGCGGAAAGAGCUUCAGUCUGAACAGAGACCUUGCUUAUCACCAGAUCAUUCACACGGGGGAGAAGCCGUUCCAAUGCACGGAGUGCGGAAAGACUUUUACUCGAAGCACAAACCUCCGCGGUCAUCAAAGAAUCCACACAGGUGAGAAACCCUACCAGUGCUUGGUGUGUGGAAAGAGCUUCAGCCAGAAGAAAUAUCUCACGUCUCAUCAUCGGAUUCACACAGGGGAGAAACCCUAUAAAUGUUUGGACUGUGGAAAGUGCUUCAUUCUGAACAAAGACCUCACUUGCCAUCAAAGAAUCCACACGGGGGAGAAGCCGUAUCAGUGUUUGGAAUGCGGGAAGAACUUUCGCUUGAACAAAGACCUUGCUUGUCAUCAGAGAAUUCACACCGGGGAGAAACCGUACCAAUGCUUGGAAUGUGGAAAGAGCUUCAAUAGGAGCACAAACUUCCGCUGUCAUCAGAGAAUCCACACCGGGGAGAAACCGUAUCAGUGCUUGGAAUGUGGAAAGAGCUUCACUCGGAAAGUACAUCUCACUUGUCACACACAAAAAUCGCACUCGGGGAAAAUCGUACAAGAGCUUGGAGAUGAGAUGUUCCAGGAUUCCUUUGAAAUCCUUACCGUGGACAUAUGAAAAGGAAUUCGAGAGAGAUAAAUUUCACUCUAAAGUCAAACUUGAGUCUGAUACAGUUAAACCUUGGAUCCCAAACGCCUCCAUUUUCAAACGCUUCGGCUCCCGAAUGACGAAAACCUGGAAGUAAAUGCUCCAGUUUUGGAACAUUUUUCGGAAGCUGAAUGUCCAACGCGGCCUGCAACCAAUCAGAAGCCGCGCCUUGGUUGUUGGAACAUUUCAGAAGCUGAAUGGGCUUCUGGAACGGAUCGUGUUCAACAACCGAGGUUUGACUGUAGCUGUUUUGCAGCCAUGGGAGAGAUCUGUAAAUAUGUUGUCUUAUUAAAGUUCUCAAGCAAUCUUUGUUUCCAGUUAGUUGGUGACACAACACUGUGGUCCAGAAGCGAGCUUGCAAUUUUUGCUGACAUAUCAGAGAAUUAAAUCAAUAGCUGAAUUGGUGGGUAAAUUUUAAGAAGAUUUAUUUUUCCCUAGGAAGGUACUUUAUACCAAGUUAGAGCAUU